AUGAAAUUAUUAGAAAAUUCGAAGCUCGAUGCUGUCAGUUCCACUUUGUCUUUUGAAACACCUGCUUGUGAUAUCAUAACUCGUGUGGAAAGUUAUUCAUGUAAAAUGGCCGGUGAUCCAAAAAAACUGUACAAACAAUUACGAAAUGAACCUGGUACAUCACCGCAUGAUCUCGAAAUUCUUGGCCCCUCACAAAUCCAAUUGCCCAUGUAUAAUUAUGGCUUAUUGAAUUCUCCAACACAAAUGAUGCAUACAAAUCCAAUGGCUCGAUCUAUGUCCAGUGACGACGAAUCACCGUUAAAUAAAACGAUUCCACGAAAAACACUUAUUUUUCUAAUAUCAACAUUGAAUGCAUCAUUUCAACCAGAUUAUGAAUUUAGCUGUUGUACAAGUCAAGACUUUAGUCGUGAGACUAAUUUAGAGUUAGUAAAAAAUGCUGUCGAUUCACGAUUCAUAUCAGUGAUGGGCGAUUAUUAUCGAUCGGUGUCACCACAAUUAUGGUCUGUAAUUGAUGAAGAAAUAAAUAUAAAAGAAAGUGAAAUAUUCAGUUAUCAUCCCGAUGGUACAUCAGAUCCAUUUUCUGAAAGUGGAAUCAUCUGGUCAUUCAAUUUCUUUUUUCAUAAUAAGAAACUUCGUCGUAUUCUUUUUCUUACAUGUCGAGCCGACUGUAAAACAACAUCCAAUGAUGAAGAUAAUGAAGAAGAUGAACCGUUAGAAAUUAAUAAUUAUCUGACAUUUGAAGGUGUUAUGGAUUAA